AUGGAGAACUUGAGGAUCACAGCGAGACUCGUGCCAGACCGGCCUGGCGUUAUUCCAGAGGACGAGUUUAGGCAUAUGAUGCCAAGAGUGCCGGGUGUUUCGUAUCAAAAUCUCGUCAAACCCUAUUUUCCAUAUACGCCGCAAAUUGCGAGAUCGUUGCUGUUAAAUAAGCACGUGAUGUUCAUUGGGGAUUCACUCACUCGAGCUUUAUACAAGGACUUGCUCGCGCUGCUCCAGACGGGAGAUCUGCUGUCACCCGAAGAUCUCCGAACGCCCAACGAGGAGACGUUCCUUGGAGAUCGGCAGAUUGACAUUUUGCCGCUGGAAAAGAAUCGAGUGUUUCGCCAAUCGCGCGAAUUCCAAACCGGCAAUUAUCUAAUUCAAUACCAUUUCACAUCGAGAGCGUUUCGCGUCGAGCUGGAGAAGGUGAUGCUGGCGAUGGUCGAGAGCGGCGAGAAGCCCGACAUUGUUGUGAUGAACUCGGCGAUUUGGGAUGUGUCGAGAUUCGAGUGCAGCAUGUUCAAAAAUGCGACGAAGGAGGACAUUGAGAUGGAGACGAUGGAGGAGUAUGAGAAGCGUGUCGCGAUGAUAUGUCGACGAAUGCGCGUCAUUCUGCCGCCGGACGCGAUAUUCAUUUGGGUUUUGAUGCCGCUGAAUUCGGAGAACGAGCGCGAGCACGGGUUUUUGUCGACGAAUCGCCUACCGUACAAUGAGAUUCGGAUGAGACUGCUGGAGGCGAACAACGUGGCUGCUUCGAUCGUCCGCGAGGCCGGCUUCGACGUUCUCGACUUGUCGUUCUAUUUUCGGCACAUCUCAUUGGAAACGCAUCGCGUAAACGACGGUGUUCAUUGGAACGAAUACGGCACUCGAUUCAUGACAGAACUUGUCCUCGGACAUAUCGCCUGCGCGUUGGGCGUUGAAGAAGCCGUAUGGAAGCACAUGGGACCAUAUGUCCGGCAGGUUAUGGAGAAUCGCGACGCGUUUCGAUGUGAGAUCAAGAAAUUUCUCGAUGAUUCGAACGCGAAAGAGCAUUGGGUCGAGCAAUUUCAGCGGAAUUUGCGCAAAGAGGCGUUCAAUAGUAUGGAUGAUGCGACGAGAAUCCGCCUCGGAUCGUUGAUCACCUGCAUGAGAAUGGCGUUGAUGGUCGGCCGAAGUAGUCGCGAGUAUCAUGAUAUGAAGAUUCGACGAGAUCCGGAAGCCAACGAGCUGUACAAAUUCAAUUUGGAGGAACUUGAAGAUAUUCAGAAAAUUUUCGUUCGGAUCGAUCAUGACAAAUUCGACGGCUAUCCGCUGCAAAUGAUGGACGAGUCGACGGAUCGGAAGCGGCGGCGGCGUUCGUUGUCGGAAGACGUCGAGAAUCGCGAUCGUCCGGAUCGAAUUCGGCCGGCCGAGAGCCCCGAGUAUUGGUCGCGGGCGCCGUCGCCGCCGCCGCGCCAAAAACUGCGAGCACGACGACGCGAUGUGCAUUGA